CAUGCUUAGACUUUUCAAAGAGACAAACUCCAUUUUCUUAUGAAUGGAAAGUGAAAACCCCUGUUCCGCUUAAAUUGGGUUCCUUCCCGUCCUGAGAAACACAGAGACCCCCAAAAGGGAAGCAGAGGAGAGAGAGACCCACACCCAGACCCCGCGAGAAGAGAUGACCAUGACCACCAUGCCAGAAAGUCUCAACAGCCCCGUGUCGGGCAAGGCGGUGUUUAUGGAGUUUGGGCCGCCCAACCAGCAAAUGUCUCCUUCUCCCAUGUCCCACGGGCACUACUCCAUGCACUGUUUACACUCGGCGGGCCACUCGCAGCCCGACGGAGCCUACAGCUCGGCCUCGUCCUUCUCCCGACCGCUGGGCUACCCCUACGUCAACUCUGUCAGCAGCCACGCGUCCAGCCCCUACAUCAGUUCGGUGCAGUCAUACCCGGGCAGCGCCAGCCUCGCCCAGAGCCGCCUGGAGGACCCAGGAGCUGACUCCGAGAAGAGCACAGUGGUGGAAGGCGGUGAAGUCCGCUUCAAUGGCAAGGGGAAAAAGAUCCGCAAACCCAGGACAAUUUAUUCCAGUUUGCAGUUGCAGGCUUUGAACCGGAGGUUCCAGCAAACUCAGUACCUGGCUCUGCCCGAGAGGGCGGAGCUCGCGGCCUCCUUGGGACUCACGCAGACGCAGGUCAAGAUCUGGUUCCAGAACAAGCGCUCCAAGUUCAAGAAGCUGAUGAAACAGGGCGGGGCGGCUCUGGAGGGUAGCGCGCUGGCCAACGGCCGGGCGCUGUCUGCCGGCUCUCCGCCGGUGCCGCCCGGCUGGAACCCCAACUCCUCUUCCGGGAAGGGCUCGGGCGGCAGCGCGGGCUCCUACAUCCCCAGCUACACGUCGUGGUACCCCUCGGCGCACCAAGAAGCUAUGCAGCAACCCCAGCUCAUGUGAGGUUGCGCGCCCGCACCCGCCCGCCCCCUUCCCGUCUCCCUCGGCCCGGGCCCCUCCCGCCUCCGGGUCCAUCCACCCCGUCCGCGUGCCCUGGGUCCGGAGGAGAAGGGCCCAGAGGGAAAGAAGAAGGAACAGUGAAGGCAGGACGCCCGCCGCCUCCUCCGAGUCCCGGGCGGUCUGGCCCGGCGACUUCCCUGGAGCCCACGCCCCUGCCCGAACCGCGGCCUCGGCCGCGCGGGGACAGCAGAGCGCGGCCUCGGAGCACAGGCGCAGCGGCCCGAGACGGCGGGAGCCGCAGCAAGCGCCCGCCGGACCCGACCGCCGACCUGCAGCUGUACGCGACUAUCAGGAAAACAAGAAACAAAAAACAAUGUAGAAAAAGCAAAAGCUCUUUCUGUCCUGUCCGUCUCUUGUCUCCUUUCGCUCUGUAUCUGUGCGCUGACGAAGUCGAGGUUCUCGUCCGUCCGCUGUCCUCGUUCUUCGGCCUCUGAAAAAAGUCACCAGGUCGGAGGAGGCUUGGUUCGCCGGGCCACCCAGUUCCGGAUACUGGAACGUUUUGUCUUUUCGGACCUUUUCCUGGACCUGCCUGAUCAUCUGUGUGGCUCGUUCGGGGACUGGGGGAAAUUGGAGGGAGGGGGUUUUAUUUAUUGAGAAAUGGACUUCGCCUGAGGCUGAAUGUUUGGCCAAUUUUCGGUUCUGUGGGGCGCGAGGAGCGCAGGGUCCAAACGUACCCAUUAUUUUAAACGCACUCGGAAAACGAAUAAGGAGGACCUGGUGAUUUUUAAUUUAUACAAUAACUUUUGUACUUCGCUGGUAUGGAGAGGUUGGAGCCGAAUGAUUUGCAUUUUUUUACAUGUCCCGUAUUAUUUUAAAAAGGAAAAAACAGAGAAAGAAAUGAAGCCAACACAAGUUCCUCAUCUCGGGAAGAACGCUUGAUUGCUUUGCCUGGUUAAGAAGGAAAAUCCUAAUUCUUUCCUUGUGGAGAGAGAGAGAGGAGUGAUGGGCAGGGAGAGAAAA